UGGUCUCCAACAUCCCCGCCGUCGCCUCCAGGAGCAGCGGGAGCCUCGCGGCCAGAGCAGCCCAGCGCCGCUCCACGCCCGCCCCGGCAGGCACGAUGCUGCCUAGGUACCCGGAGGUGAAGCCCAACCCAGUGCAGAAGGCGAACCUCUGCUCGCGCCUGUUCCUCUGGUGGCUAAACCCCUUGUUUAAAAUUGGUCACAAACGGAAAUUAGAAGAAGAUGACAUGUACUCGGUGCUUCCGGAAGAUCGCUCCCAGCACCUUGGAGAAGAGCUGCAAGGGUACUGGGAUCAGGAAGUGUUGAGAGCCCAAAAAGAUGCGCGGGAGCCUUCUUUAAUGAAAGCAGUCAUGAAGUGUUACGGGAAAUCCUACUUAGUUCUGGGAAUGUUAACAUUUCUUGAGGAAUGCACCAGAUUAGUUCAACCCAUAUUUUUGGGGAAAAUGAUUAGUUACGUUGAAAACUACGAUCCCAAUGAUUCUGCCCCUUGGCGUGAAGCCUAUGGCUAUGCGGCAGGGCUGAGCGCCUGCGUGCUCCUGUGGGCUGUUCUGCAUCACGUGUACUUCUAUCACAUUCAGCGUGUAGGGAUGAGGCUGAGAGUAGCCAUGUGCCACAUGAUCUACCGCAAGACACUUUGCCUUAGUAGCUCAGCCAUGGGGAAGACCACCACAGGCCAGAUAGUUAACCUGCUGUCCAACGAUGUGAACAGGUUUGACCAGGUAACGAUAUUCUUGCACUAUCUGUGGGUUGGACCACUGCAGGCUAUUGCAGUGACCGCCCUGCUCUGGAUGGAAAUAGGAAUAUCAAGUCUUGCUGGGAUGGCGGUUCUCGUUAUUCUUUUGCUUUUGCAAAGCUGUUUCGGGAAGUUGUUUUCAUCACUCCGGAGUAAGACCGCUGCUCUCACAGAUGACAGGAUCAGGACCAUGAGUGAAGUCAUAACUGGCAUCAGAACAAUAAAAAUGAAUGCUUGGGAAAAGUCAUUUAUAGACCUUAUUACGAGAUCAAGAAGGAAGGAAAUUUCCAAGAUUCUGAGAAGUUCCUACCUUAGGGGAAUGAAUUUGGCAUCAUUUUUUACUGUGAGCAAAAUAAUGAUUUUUGUCACCUUCAUCAGCAAUGAGCUCCUUGACAGCCUGAUCACAGGCAGCCAAGUGUUCAUGGUGGUGAUGCUGUUUGAAGCUCUGCGAUUUUCUAGCACCUUCUACUUCCCCAUGGCCGUCGAGAAGGUGUCAGAGGCCGUCGUCAGCAUCCAAAGAAUCAAGAAUUUUCUGUCACUUGAUGAGAUGUCACAGUGUUACCCUCAGCUGCCAUCAGAUGGUGAAAUGAUAGUGGAUGUGCAAGACUUAACAGCUUUUUGGGAAAAGGCAUCAGAGACCCCAACCCUACGAGGCCUUUCCUUUACUGUCAGACCUGGUGAACUGUUAGGUGUGGUCGGACCUGUGGGAGCAGGAAAGUCGUCACUGUUGAGCGCUGUGCUGGGGGAGCUGCCCCCGAGCCAGGGGAAGGUCAGCGUGCACGGGAGGAUUGCGUAUGUUUCUCAGCAGCCCUGGAUGUUCUCAGGAACUGUGAGGAGUAACAUUUUAUUUGGGAAGAAAUAUGAAAAAGAACGAUAUGAAAAAGUAAUAAGGGCUUGUGCCUUGGAAGAGGAUUUACAACUUUUGGAGGAAGGAGAUCUAACUGAGAUAGGAGAACGGGGAACCCCACUGAGUGAAGGACAGAAAGCCCGGGUCAGCCUCGCCAGAGCCGUGUAUCAGGAUGCAGACAUCUACCUCCUGGAUGAUCCGCUCAGCGCAGUGGAUGCAGGAGUCAGCAGACACUUGUUCGAACAGUGUAUUCGUAAGGUCUUGAAGGAGAAGAUCACAAUCUUAGUGACUCAUCAGCUGCAGUACCUAAAGGAUGCAAGUCAGAUUCUGAUACUGAAAGAUGGCAAAAUUAUACAAAAGAGGACUUUUGCUGAGUUUCCGAAAUCUGGGAUAGAUUUUGAAGAUAUCCUUUUAAUGAAGGAGAUUGAGGAGACCGAACCAUCUCCAGGUCCAGGAACUCCCAGUCUGAUCUCUGAGACUUUGGUUCCAUCUCAACAGUCUUCCAGACCCUCCUCGAAAGAUGUGGCUCCAGAGGACCAAGAUGCUGAGAAUAUACAGGUUACAUCACCACUGGAGGGCCGUUUGGUGGGAAAAGUUGGUUUUAAGACCUACAAGAAUUACUUCACAGCUGGGGCUCACCAGUUUAUCAUCAUUUUCCUUAUUCUAGUAAACAUCGCAGCUCAGGUCGCCUACUCCCUGCAGGACUGGUGGCUUGCAUACUGGGCAAAUGGACAGAGUACUCUGUAUUCCAUAGAGUAUGGAAAAGAAAAGGCAAUUGUGAUGCCUAAUCCUGUCUGGUACUUUACAGUUCAUGCAGUUCUAACUGGAGGUACCAUUCUUUUUGGCAUCACAAGAUCUCUGUUGGUAUUCUACAUCCUUGUUAAUUCUUCACAAACUUUGCACAACAAAAUGUUGUUGUCCAUUUUGAGAGCUCCGGUAUUGUUCUUCAAUAGAAAUCCAAUAGGAAGAAUUUUGAAUCGUUUCUUCAAGGACAUUGGGCAUAUGGAUGACUUGCUGCCCCUGAUAUUUCAAGAUUUCAUCCAGACAUUUCUACUUGUGAUUGGUAUAGUAGGCGUGAUGGUGGCAGUGACUCCUUGGAUUGCAAUACCCGUGAUUCCCCUUGGUAUUGCUUUCUUUUUUCUCCAGCGAUAUUUCUCAGAGACUUCACUAGAUGUUAAACGCCUGGAAUGUGCAACUCGGAGCCCGGUGUUUUCCCACUUAGCAUCUUCUCUCCGGGGACUGUGGAGCAUCCGGGCGUACAAAGCUGAAAAGAGUUUUCAGGAGCUGUUCGAUGCACACCAGGACUUGCAUUCAGAGGCUUGGUUCCUGCUUUUGACGACGUCCCGAUGGCUUGCUGUGUAUCUAGAUGUCAUCUGUGCCGUCUUUGUCACUGUUGUUGCCUUUGUGUCCCUGAUUCUUGCAGAUGCUUUGACUCCCGGGCAGGUUGGCCUGGUCCUGUCUCUUGCCCUCACACUCACGGGGAUGUUCCAGUGGUGCGUCAGGCAAAGGAUGGAAGUUGAGAACCUGAUGAUUUCAGUAGAAAGAGUGAUGGAAUAUUUAGACCUUGAGGAAGAAGCUCCCUGGGAAUACAAGGAUCAUCCCCCGCCUCCAUGGAGUAAUGAAGCAAGGAUUAGGUUUAACGCUGUUAACUUCAAGUAUACCGUAGAUGGGCCUCUGGUACUGAAGAACCUGACCGCAACCAUUGAAGCAACAAAAAAGGUUGGCAUUGUGGGAAGAACAGGAGCUGGAAAAAGUUCUCUUUUUUCUUCAGUUUUUCGAUUGUCAGAACCUGAAGGCUUUAUUUGGGUUGAUUAUUGUUGGAUAGGAGAUACUGGACUUCACAAUUUAAGGAAGAAAAUGUCAAUCAUAUUACAGGAACCUGUUUUAUUCACGGGAACAAUGAGGAAAAAUCUGGAUCCUUUUAAUGAACAUACAGAAAAGGAACUGUGGAAUGUCUUAGAAGAGGUACAACUUAAAGAAACCAUCGAAGGUCUUCCUGGUAAAAUGGAUACUGAUUUAGCAGAAACAGGAUCAAAUUUGAGUGUUGGACAGAGACAACUGGUGUGUCUUGCCAGGGUUAUUCUCAAGAAAAAUCAGAUAUUGAUUAUUGACAAAGCCACAUCAAAUGUGGAUCCAAGAACUGAUGAGUUAGUUAAAAAAACAAUCCAUGAGAAAUUUGCCCAGUGCAUUGUGGUAACCAUCACACACAGAUUGAGCACUGUUAUUGACAGUGACAUGAUAAUGGUUUUGGAUUCAGGGACAAUGAAAGAAUAUAGUCCACCACAUGAUUUGCUGCAAAACAGUAAUAGCCUGUUUUACAAGCUUGUGCAACAACUGGGUGAGGCUGAGGUCACUGCCCUCACUGAAAGAGCCAGACAGGUGCACACCGAAAAGAAAUAACCAGAUGUUACUCACAGUGGUCAUAUGGUUAUGAACGCUUCCAAUGGACAGCCCUCAGCCUUAAUGAUUGUUGAGUCAGCACUGUGAUUCUACCAUAAUGUCAAGUCCAAUCCAAAGGUGUUUUUCCAAUAGUUUUUGCACUGCAAAAAGUAUAUUAUACUUUUUUCUACACCAGUCCCAAAUAUUUACAUAUAGAUGUUAAUUUGGAUUUAUUUUCUCCAGUUUUACCCAAUGAUUUCAACCUCUAACAAAAUGAUUUACUAUUUUUAUUUAUAUUUUAUACUAAUUUUUCCUAUCCAAAUCAGAGGUGAAGGCCACAAGUAAAAGCUAUCUACCAGGUUUAGUGUCUUGAGAGACUCCAGAACCAAAAGUAAUUUUAUAAGAUAUAAAAAAAUGUUGUCACAGAUGUCUUUUACUGUUCCUAAAAUUAUAUAUUACUUUCCAAUUUUAUCAGGAGUUUUGUUUACUUGAAGACCAUGUGAAGUCACCAUUUGUUUUACCACUUUCUUUAACAGUGCUGGGAUCCAUUAUUACACACAAAUAUCUCUGAUUAAAAUAGUACAGAGAAAAAACAAAAAAAUAUACUUUAGUUUAUGUGAGAUAGGAGAGAGAGGUAUCCUCUGCCCAAAUUUAAGAUAUACGGUUUAAAAUACAUAAAGAUAAUAUUUAAUUAUAUGUUCUAAAACACAAGGAAGAGAAAAUAUGCUUCCUCAAAAUAGGAGCCCUUCUAGGUGAUCACUGUCUUCUAGAUGGAGAAUUGUAUUGUAUUCUAUAUUUUACACUUUUUAAAUUUAUAACAUAAAAUUUUCUAUGAUAACCUUUUUCACAUACAAUUCAGUGGCAUUAGCCACAUUCACAGUGUCAUGAAACCAUCACCAUCCAGUUCAUUUUUAGUGAUUAUUUUAGACCAUUCAGCUUAUUAUUUAUACAGUCAGUUUUGGUAAUUUCAUUUCUCUAUGAAUUAAUCUAUUUCAUGUGAGUUUUCAGCUUGAUUGGCUUAAAUUAUUCAUAAAAUCUUGUAUGUUUAAUAUCUACAGGAGCUAUAAUUGGGUUCUAUUUCAGUUUUUAAUUUUCUUUGAGCCUUGUUUUUUUCUUGAAUAAUCUUGUUUGAUUUUUUCCUAUUAAUUUUCAAAGAAUCAAAUUCUAUGCUUGAUUGAUCCUUUCUGAUUUUUUGUUUUCUAGCUCAUCAUAUUCUUCCAUUCCUUCAGCUUUUCUUCAUUUGAGUUUUUUCUCUUAAUUCUUAUAUUGGAAAUAGAUUAAUUUUUAAGCUUUUUUUCCCCUAAUGCAAGUACAUAAUACUUACUUUUUUAUUCCACCUAACGGCCCACUUUAGCUGCAGCCUACAAGUUUUGGUACUGAGCACUGAUCAAUAAUCAGCGUGUUAUGUAUUUUCCAAUUUUUAAUUUGAUUUGUUAAUUAUAUAUUUCACUCAUGAGUUAUUCAUCAGUGUAAUGUUCUCUAAACUCCAAAUGGUCACAGCUAUUUUUCUAUUAUAUUAGCCAUGUAAAAUUGCUAACAGUCAACCUUUUUUUAGCCCAUAAAAAUAACAGUUUCUUAUGGUUCAAUGUAAUAGUUUUCUUUUGAUAUUAAUAUAUAACAAUUUCAUUUUGGUCAGAGAAUAUUAGAGUGAGGAUUUUAAAGCAAAGGUUUAAAAUAUUGACACACAAAGUCUUUCUUUCCACCAUUUUAAUUUUCUACCUAUUAUCUAUUUCUAUUUAUUUCUAUUUUAUUUUCUAUUUCUAU